AAAACUCAGCAAAAGAAGCUGAACGUCAAUGUGAUAAAGUGGAUUGUGAGGUUAAAGCUUCAGAAGGUAAAGGGUUAAUUACUAAGAGUUUUGAAGCUAAAGGCUUAGGUGCUAACAUUUUAAAAGAAGUUUUGGGUCACUGA